CUUGUUGUCACCUGGGUGGACUCCUCAGGUGAGAGCUCACGGUAAAUGCUGAAGAAACAGCGAUACAGUCAAUUAAGAGUUGCGAAAUAUACACGUUUGGUUCAUUAUUCGACGUAAGGAAAAUUAUUUUCAACUUUCUGUUGCUUUUUCCAGGAUUAUAGUAAGGGACGCGUCGUGUAGCGGAAGAGGACCGAAUUGGUCGACAUGUUUUCCACCGGGUUGGUUUCGGUGGCUUUGUUCUUCCUCUCUGCAACAGGUGUAAGAGGCUUUGCAGUCACCACCAACAACAACAAUGUGCGGGUCAAAGAGAAUGAAGGGACGGACCUCACAUGCAAGUAUUCAGCCGACUUCGGUAACAAUGCCAGGGUUGAGUGGAAAUUUAAAGACCUAAAAGGCUCACAGACGUAUGUGGUGUUUGAUGGGAAACCAACACAGCCGUACGCCGGCCGAGUGACCAUGUACGGCAAUAACCUAAGAAUCUCCAAAGUGACCCGUAAAGAUAACGGAGUGUACAUCUGCGAAGUGUCCGCCGUAGGCCAGUUUGGGGAUGUCCGAGUGCAGCUGACUGUGUUGGUGCCUCCAUCUCCGCCCAUGUGUCGGAUCCCGUCCUCAGUGACGACGGGCAAGGUGGCCAUGUUGACCUGCCAUGAUGGCGACGGCUCCCCCCCCCCCACGUACAAUUGGUACAAAGACAGCAUCCUUAUGCCCACUGAUCCCAGCAAGAUAGCUGGCUUCCAAAACGCCACUUACAAGCUGAAUGCAGCCAGCGGCAACCUGGAGUAUCCCGCUGUAACCAAGAUGGACUCCGGACAGUACUACUGUGAGGCUGUCAACGAUGCUGGUCCUCCGCAGCGCUGCAAAGGCCUGAAAAUGGAAGUCCUUGACGUGAACACUGGAGGAAUUGUGGCCGGGGUUAUUGUGGCUCUGCUGCUCGUGCUGCUGCUGGGACUUGGCAUUUGGUAUGCCCACAAGAAAGGAUACCUGCCCAAGAAAGCUGAGAGCAAACCAAAGCCCAGCGUGGUGUACCAGCCGACGUCUUUGCAUUCUGGUGACGGUGGUGAUGAAGAAGAUGGGGAAUUCAAACAGAAGUCGUCGUUCGUGGUAUAGUCUUCAAAAGGGAGAUAACCUUUGUUUUAAAUGUCUCUCGGCGUGGGACUUUUCUGAAGUUUUUAGUGAUGUCUGUCAUUUUAUUAGCUCCUAAAUGGCAGUUUUUUAUGGACCAUUGUGAUUGUUUGAGUUGAAUUGGACUGUCUGCUUUAUUGUCUCACAUGCUUCCAGGUUAUAGGACAUCAUUUAGCAAAUGUAGGUUGUGAGACUGCUUUAAUUCUUUUAUAGGUUGUUUUAAUGAAAUUACUCAUGGCUACUUGUGACCUGUUUCAGCCUCAAACGAUUUACCAUCUAUGUUUGGAUUGUGUUUCUGUGUGCAUCCUCAUACUGUGUGUGUUUGCGUUUAUCUUUUUACACAAACUUCUCUAAUGUACAAUAUUGUUUUUCUAUUAAAGUUUGUUUUUCUUGUAAAUAACUAAACAGUUUUUACAGUUGUAAUUUAAAAUCAUCUUAUCCCUGAGCUUCCUGACAUUAACUUGAAACUAUACUACUACUGCUUUUGGGACAUUAACCAUUUAGAUGCACAUUCCCAUUUCUAGUUAAACUUGUAUUAUAUUUGUCUGGUCUUGGUGUCUGAUUUGUAAGUAUUUUAAACUUUUUGAAUUACAUUUGCUCAACUAAUUAGUAUUUAUCAGGGUGUAGACUUGACACUUCAGUCAACUUCCUGUUGAAACAAACGGACAUCAGCCUUCCUGUUGAGUGGAAGUUGACGAUGAUGUGUUAAAAAAAGUUUUUAAAUAAUUGCCUGCCUUGGGUUUUUUUCUCCAUAAGAGUGAUAAAACAGAUGUAAAAGCUCUGAACAUUCAACAUUACACCCUGCAAAUAAAAAGUUUAUAUUAAUUUAGAAAGAGUAUUAAACAAGGGGUUAAAUUUAAAGGAAAUGUAAGUUCAUAAAAAAGUGCAAGGGUAAUCAAAAUGCAAUAAACCCAAUGCAGGCAAGGCCUCUUGUGUUGCCUUAUAUUAACGAUAAAUUACCCAAACUCUUGUGAGAUGAUGGUCCUAAUAUUAGUUCUGUCUGUCUCCAUGCACAAAGAUUAUAUUAUUUGUUACCCUUGACGUUUUUUUAAUUCUCAGGUCAUGUGUUUUAGUGGUACGAUCAUGUCAGACAUCAAUAUAUCAUGAGUUUAUAAUAUAUAAUCUUUCAGUUAAAAUAUUCACACUUAAAACACUAUUUUCUACAUUACUUCACCUUUCCAUGGUAGAGAAUUUAGAGCUGAUGAUUGUAACUUUGUCUUAUAUUUGGUUAAUAAAAUGUUGUUGA